ACUGAAAAGCUGAACAGUCAGUUGUGGUGCAAUGGUCAGAGUUUCAAAUCCCUACCCCCAAGUCUUGAGUUUGAAUCCUUGCUCCUUUUUUUUUCUUAUUCUUUAUUUGUUUCCUUCUUUUCUUCAAUUCUCUUCAAUUUAUUUUGGUCCCAAACUUCCAUGUUUAUUUUCCGUUCUUGAAAUUGUUCUCAAUGCGUCCAAAUGGCCUCAAAAUACCUACAAAACAUAUAAAACCAAGCAUAGGACCGCUCUACACAAAUAAAACGGAAAAUUGAAAUAAAAUAUAAACAUUAAAUUCAAUUGAGACUCAAAACUCCUUCAAAAUAUGAUUAAAAAGUGUAUAAAAUAUGUGCAUAUCAGUCACCAAAUAAAUUUUCCUUUUUGACUUUUUGAGGAUUUAAUGGAGGGAUAUUUUUGUGUUGACUUUCUAAAAAUAUCCUUGAUGUGAUGUGUAAAAGUAAGAUGUGAUAUGUAGAUUAUUAGUAAAAAGACCACUCCGAUCAACAUUCCUUUCGGAUCGAGUGCGGCCAUGGGAUCCACUCCGAUCAUCACCUUCGUCGGAUCGAGCGCGACUAUGGGGUCCGCUCCGGUCACCUCGAUUAUUGGACCAACCGCGGCUAUGGCCGCAAUGGUCACCCCACUCGGACCGAAUAUGGCUUCGGCCAUACCGGUCAUUCCCUCACUUGGACUGAACAUGGGUGUCUUCACAUCUGCACCGGUCGGACAUCCUACUGUCAUGCUGCCUGCGAAUUUUGUCAAAGAACUGACAAAGUUCACAGGUGUUGGCUUUAAAAUAUGGCAGCAAAGGAUGUUAUUUUGGCUGACCACCCUCAACCUUGCGAGGUACUUGAGGGAGGAUCCCCCUGUUGUGGGGGAGAACGCGGACGAGCCAACACUUCAAGCCAAUGUGGUGGAGCAUCCACUCAAAGAGGGUUCUUCCAAAGGGCCUUAGCCAAACAAGGACAAGAAGAAAAUUGGUCCUAAAGAAGACAAUUUUAUCUAGCAAUUAUUUGUUAAAUAAAAUACCACGAAAGCAACUCGUUAAGACUCCUUACGAGUUGUGGUAUAAUAGGAAACCUUCCUAUAAAUACCUGAAAGUGUUGGGGUGCCUUGCAAAAGUUUUAGCACCACCACCAAAGAAAAUAAAGAUUGGUCCAAAGA